AUGUUGGAUAGACUAGAAGAAUUCAGAAAGCUUGCAUAAAAAGAGGGUAUAAGUUUGAACUUGAAUGAGUCUUUGAUUGCUGAUGAAGAGAACAAUGAUCGAGAACUUAUAAAUGAUUUUCUUGUCUAUGUAAAGGAAGUUUAAAAGUUGAUAGUCAGCAUGGGAAAGAAAAACAUUGAGUUAAAGGAAAUAGCAGAUUAAUAAAUAAAUGAUAAUAAACAAUCAAACCAAUAAAUGAAGACCGAUUAGAUUAAUGAGAUUGUUCAGGUAAACACAAAAUCUUAGAAAAAGGUUAAAGAAUUAUUGGAUGUAAUGAGUGCUGAUAUACAAGAGUCUGAUAAAAAUUACCCCGAUGAACCAGAAACUAGAGUUAAAAAGACUGUCCAUAGAACUCUCACCUCAAAAUUUAGAGAUGUACUUAGGCAAUCUUAAUAAAUUCAAACUGAAUAUAAAAAUGCAAUGCAAUCUAAGAUUAAAAGACAACUGAGAUUUGCUAAAGCAGAUGCCACUGAGGAAGAAUUAGAGCAAUUGGCUAGAGAUCCUGAGGCAGCGUAAAAACUUAUUAGAGAGAAAGUUAUUGGAACUGCUCAUAGAAAAGUUCUAAAUACUGUUGAUGAUAUCUAAAACAAAUACAGAGAUAUUCUUAGAUUAGAAUAGAGCGUGGAGGAAUUAUUUUAGAUGUUUUAAGAGUUAGCCACACUUAUUUAAGCCUAGGGUGAAAUGCUCGAUAACAUUGAAGCAAACUUGCAAGAUGCCAAUGACUAUAUGGAAAAAGCAGAAGUUCAUUUAUAGAAAGCUAAGAAAUGGCAUGAAAAAGCUAGAACAAAAAUGUGCUGUAUCAUGAUAUGCAUGCUAGUGGUAAUGUGUGUUCUGCUGUUCGGAAUUUUCAAAGUCCAGGGCUGA